AUGGCGACUUCAGGGAGGACUACACUAUUAUCCUCCGCCUCAGCUGGAUCCAAGAGCACGCUGGACAACGCCAACCCAGAGGACGAUGAUGGGCAGAACUUAUGGUCGACCAUCCUGAGCGAAGUAUCGACCCAUUCCAGGUCAAAGCUGCCGUCUGGUAAAAAUGUCCUGGUCAUGGGUGAGGUGGGCUCAGGGAAGACCACCCUGGUUGCUAAGCUACAGGGCAUUGAAGAGUAUAUGAAAGGACGUGGCUUGGAAUACCUUUACUUCAGUGUCCACGAUGAUGACAUUGAUGACCAAACUAGGUGUAAUGCGUGGGUGUUGGAUGGGGACCUCUACCACAAAGGUCUCCAGGGAGUGGCGGUACCAGUGGACGCAGUAGGCAACUCGUUGCUGCUGAUCACAGUUGACAUGUCACGGCCGUGGAACGCCCUGGACUCGCUCCAGAAGUGGGCCGCUGUAGCCAGAGAACACAUCGAUAAACUCCGGGUUGCCCCUGAAACACUGCGGGAGCUGGAGCACAGAUUGGUUAAACAGUUUCAAGAGUACACAGAGCCUGGCAGUGGGGACGAGGGUACCCCGCAGAGGAGGAGUGAAGAUGAGGAGAGCGUGCUACUCCCGCUGGGAGACAACACUUUAACACAUAACCUGGGCAUACCUGUGAUGGUGGUCUGUACAAAGUGCGAUGCCAUCAGUACACUUGAGAAGGAACAUGACUAUAGGGACGAACACCUGGACUUCAUCCAGUCCCACAUUAGGCGCUUCUGUCUGCAGUAUGGGGCAUCUCUGCUAUAUACGUCUGUGAAGGAAAUGAAGAACCUUGAUGUGCUAUACAAGUACCUGGUCCACAGACUCUAUGGUUUCCCAUUCCAUUGCCCUGCACAAGUGGUGGAAAGAGAUGCUGUCUUCAUUCCAUCAGGAUGGGACAAUGAAAAGAAGAUUGCCAUCCUACACGAGAACUUCCAGACUCUCAAAGCAGAUGACAACUUUGAGGACGUAAUCGUGAAACCGCCAGUCAGAAAAUUUGUCCAUGAGAAGGAGAUUCAGGCUGAAGAUGACCAGGUGUUUCUGGUUAAACUGCAGUCGUUGCUCGCCAAACAGCCUGCUGUGACAGCGGGGCGACCAGUGGAUACUACAAGCAGACCACCCAGUGGUUCUCCCAGAACGAGUAAUCGCUCAGCAGCUGCCAACGUUGCCAACACCAUGCCCCAGUCAGCAGGUCAGACCAGUGAGGGGGUGCUGGCCAACUUCUUUAACAGUCUACUGACCAAGAAGGCCGGGGCAGGGGGGCCUGGGACACCAGGCGGGGGAAACAACACUCCAGGGACUGUACGCAAGUCAGGCUCUAAACUGGGCCUGAGCGAUGUGCAGGCAGAGCUGGACCGCAUCUCUAGCCGGGAAACUGACUUGGACCCAACCAACGCCAACGAGACCCCCGUGGCCGACGGCCAGGACACAUGAAGACCAACCUCCAUCGCCCGCUCUCCUUCUCCUCAGCCACCCUCCUCGUCCUCCUACCCUCCCUUUACUUCUGCACACCCCUUAGAGAGAGACAACAAAGAGAAAAAAGGAGGAACACACUAUUUCCCCCUACUUUGUUUUUCUCUCAACCCCACUAAGAAGGAAAGCCUCUCCUCCUCAUCCUUCCCCUCCUGCUCAACAUCAUCUGCCAUACUGCCUCCCCUCUGGUCCGCCCUCGCCUCUGUCCCCUUCUUUGUCCUUCUCUCUUACACCUUGUCUGUGUGUGUGUGGCUGGCUGUCACUUGAGGGGGAGCAUUUGUCAAAAUUGUCUUGUUGUGAAGAUCCAUUUGAGGGUAGGGGGGUAGAUUGGGAUGAGGAGACCCUGGGAAGGAGGGAGAAGAAGAAACGGGUUGUGUACAUAAAUGACACAGAUGGACUGAAAGUGAGGAAAAGGGAUGUGGAUAGAGAGAAGAGAGGGGGCUGAAGAGGGGUACUUUUCUCCAUCCAUCUAGUGAGAUCCUGCAGCCGGUCUCGUCAGACUGUAAGAGUUUGGAGCGUGUGUGUGUGGAUGUAGUUGUAUUUAGUAUACGGUAGGGAUGACUGCUGUGUGUGUCCACUCAUGUGAGCGUUUAAUGUAGGGCGGCAAGACGUGAUUGGCCAGUAGUUUGGACCGAGAAAGAGAACGGGGGAAGAACAGAAAAUAUGCCUAAAAACAAAACUGAAAAUUAUUAUUAUUAUUUCUAUUUUUUUUUUUUGCUGAAGGGAUGUAGAUAUCAGUAUUAUUUGUGUGUUUGUGUGUAUGUGUGUGUGUGUGUGUGUGUGUGUGUGUGUGUGUGUGUGUGUGUGUGUGAGAGAGAGAGCGAGCGAGCGAGCGAGCGAGAGAGACUGGAGAGACGGUGAAUGAGGAGAUUAGGGAGUUAUCCCUUUAGCUGUACAUCGAGAGAUUUUGGCUGUUUGCAUUUUCAACCAAAAGAAAAAAAUACGACAAACGAUUACUAUGCUCUUACACAACGACCUCUUAGAAAACGCCGUACACUACUAACCACACAUCUGUUAUGUCUGCUCAUGUUGUGCAGCACCCGGUGACACUACAGAAACCAAAUUUGGGCGGAAAAAAAAAACACUAGAGAAUAAUCACUUCACAAAUCAAGCACUGGUCCAUAGUACGGUACAUGGCAUCCAUUUCUGAAGUUGACCAACCCCCCCACCCCCCCUGGUGAUACAUGCUGUUCAGACCCAUGGACUGCAAUGGAUGCUGUACUUUUCCAGUGCUCUGGAAAGGCAGGGUGGGGGGUCGGGAGGGUAGCCGAGCUUUAUUUGUACAGGUAGAAGCACUAGUGAGUCAAGUUCAUAGUUA